AUGAUAUAAAGGCAAAGUUAUGUGAGUGUGUGGCCCUUGUCAAACUUCGCAUCUCUCUCUUGAAGCAAUUAGCUGUACUUUCCUGUAAACUGCUGCCUACUCAAAGACCUCUCCAUCACUCUUGUGCUUGUAUCUUUCAUCGGAAACUAUACAGUUGACGCCCUUUUUCUCUCCAUCAGACAGAUCUGGCAAGUGUUUGGUGGAGUUAAGCUUGAAACAGGUACAAUCUUUGGGACAUUUAUUUCGAGCGACACACUAUGUCUGGAAACCAACAGCCUCAGAUCAGCCUGCCUACAUGGCGGUACAGUGAUUUCAAUGCUGCUAUUCCCAUCAAGAAGAGGAAGUACUUUGUGCAGCCGGAAGCAGCAGGAGCCUCGACACUUUUGGAUAAUAACAAUCCACAAGGUGAUACUAGGAGUGCUCUGGAUCCAUCUGAUAAGACUCAUGUCAAGCAGAAAAUGACUGGUGAGGGAUCUAGGAUCAAUAUUGGUAAACCAAUCCCUUACUUGUCUCCGUCUGUUUUGGCCGGAAAAAAUGCUGAUAAACCGGAGAGUGUUGGGAACUUAGUUCCUGACCAAAUUAGAGUGAAAGUUGAGGAACCAGUUAACUCCAGUGCUUUGGCAGCCUCCUCUGAGGUCCCUCCUUCCAGUUCUGACAUAGUUGGCAAUUCACUUCAUUCUUCUCUGGGAAAGCUUCCUAUGAGAGCUGAACAACAUUCUGGUGUUCUUAAGACCCGUGACAUUGUUAGGGAGACAUGUGGCAAUGAAACUCUCAGAGGAGAGUGUCAGACACAAGCAUCUGCUGGUGCGGGUACUGUUGCCUUGCGGCUAGGUUCUAUGACUCCAUACUUGGAGAACCAAGAGCCUACAGCACUGAAUUUGUCGUUAAGCAAGGGAGUUUGUGCCCCUCAUGACCCGGAUUUUAUCUCUACUUGUACCGAACCUGGCAUUCACAAUGUUGUGAGCAGAUCGAAUUGGGAUUUGAAUACUACCAUGGAUGCUUGGGAAGAUGGUCUUGAUCGCAAGACUAGAGUUAAGACAACUGGUGCCUUCUUAAACAGUAACAACACAGGUUGCCCUGACAUGGAGACAUCAAUUAAUGUUAUUGCAAAGUCUGUAUCUGAAAAACAGAAAGAACAUAUAGGGGUUAAGUCUCCUACUGUGGCUUUGCCGCUGUUUGAUCAUCAGGUUAAGUCCACUAGUUCGCUUAGUCUAGGCCUCGGUGCAUAUCCUCCUGUUGAGAAAUCUCCUUCUCUAUCAGCUACCACAUCUGAGGCAAGAUCUUCCUUUACAAGUUCUUCCAGACCAGUUAUGAUUGCUGGUAAUGUGAACUCGGUAAACCUUAGGACUGUGAAGUCAGAAGUGAUUGACGAGAGUGUUCAAGUUGAUCCGAUCGGUAACAGAGUGAGCCAGGAUGUUGUUGUUAGAUUGAGACAAGAAAAUAGUCUCGGAUCUGGCAGUUUGAAGCCUGUGGAUUCGGUAUCAGUUAAGGCUGAGCCAAAUAACUUCACUCAGUCGGUAGCUUUCAGUAGGAAAGAUGGAACGUUGAAUCAUCUCCAUAGACCAUUAGUGGAAUCAAAUGAUUUGCCUACGAGUUUUACGCCAAAUCAGAAGGAUAAAUACAUACCUUCUUCUAGUGGUAUCGGCAAUGCGCUAAUGUCCUUGAAUGUAAUGACGAGAAAUCCAGGCCAGAGUUCUGGUCAAGGAGAUCAUAACCUCAAUGCAUCAGGUGUGAAUGAUACCGUGACCAAAGAUAAAGUUCUAGAUGAUUGCAAGACUUAUGUUUCUCCUGAUACUGAUGAACUUCCUAUGAGUGGUGAAGAAAAGAUUGUUUUAUCUGGUAAGGACGACGAGAAGGUCCAGAGACCAGUUGCCAUGCUUACAGAAGGUAAUGAAAAUGAACAAAGGGAUAUUACUGUUCCAUCUGACGGUAACAAUCAAGGGAGUCAAGCUGCACUUCUUGGUAAUACAGGUUAUAAUGAAGGCCGGAUAGUUCAGGGUGGUGAACACUCAACUCAUCAAAUCAUUCAUGCUAGUGAAGGAGUGUCAGGCGUGUCUACAUUAUCAGGCGGGAACGGUGAUAACCCUGAAACAGUAGAUAACAACAACAGUCCAGUUUCUCACAAGGCAGAGAUGUCUACUUUUGACGAUGAUCCUCUUAUGGAGUUGAGUGAAGGUAGUCCGAAUCGAGUUAAGACACUAGAUGCUUCAGACAGCUUUGCGGAAAGAGAUAGAUUGCCUGAUUUCUCACUUGGACAGCGGAAAUAUCAUUCGAGAUGGAGUGAUGAGUCCUGCAGCUUCUCGCGUGAGAGGUACCAUGGCAAAGCUAUAAGAAGCCCAAGAUUAAAUUUCAUGCCUCACAAAAGGAGGUUCUCUGAUGAUACAGAAAGCAAUCUGCAUGAGAGGGACACAAAAAAUUUUGAGUCCAAUAGUUAUGAAAACACUCGUCGGGGUCGUGGUGGCGCUUUUACGUUUAAUUCUUAUAGAGGGAGACGGCCUGCAAACGAUGAAGGAACCUCUUUUCCCCACCACUCCUUUACGAGAAGAAACGCUAGCUUUUCAUAUAGACCAACAAACAAAGAGGAUGCAUCUGAGUUUCACGGUUUUAGAGACGGUGAGAAGUUCACAAGGGGAAUGCAAUCCAACAGUACGGAGCAGCAGCCAAUGUUCAUGACUCAAUCACGUCCCUAUCGAGGUCGGAAUAGUUUUGGUCGUGGUGGACGAACAAACUUUUCAAACAACUCCAAACGAGACUUUCAUGGAUUUCGUUCACGGUCUCCAGUUAGAUCAAGAGACAGGUCAGCUGGUCCGUCCUCGUCAUUCAGGAACAGGUCACAGGAAGAUUUCAGUGAGAACACAGACUUUUCUCGUCGUAGAUCACCCUCUGGUUACAGAACGGGGAGGCUAAGCUCGCCUGAGCAUUCUGGUUAUCCAAGGGAAGGCUUUGUCAGAAGGCACAACUCUCCGCCUUACUCGCAUAGACCGAAUGCUGGAAGGGGACGUGGUUAUGAAAGGGGGAGAGGGUAUGCAAGGGGCAGAGGUUAUGGAAGAGAUGGCAUCUCUUUUAGGAAACCAUAUGAUCGUGGUGUACAUAGGAACUUGAACAACUUUGAUCCUCGAGAGAGGGUUGAUUAUGGUGAUGGUUUCUUUGAAGGACCGAUGCAUUCUGAACGGUUUGGUGUUGAUGGUGGUUCUGAGAGAAGGCAAUUCGGUUAUGUACAUGAUGGUGCCAGCUCUUUUAGACAAUCUUUUAAUAAUGAUGGUUGUGCACCUACUAAUGCAGAGGGUGGUGACCCUGAAGCUGCAAGGUUUGGACAGAACAAUGGUAUUGAAAAUAGAGGAGAACAAGGGAGUUUAGUGGAGACUGAUGGGAAGAAUAUGAAUUCGAGUGAGAAUGCUUCUGGAAGAAGUAAGAAUAUGGAAGAGGAUGAAACUUCAAAGCACAGUGAAAUUUGGCAACAGGAUGAGCUUGGUGGUGGUGGUGAUGGGUUUUAGAGAAAAGAUUAUUCUUCAGUUUGCAUGAAUCUUCUAAGACCAGGAAGAUUUUUAGUAUAGUGAAUUAGGUACCAAACGAAAGUUCUGUGGUUUGCCAUGGAUGAGGCCAGUUAGUGGCUGAUAACUGUGGACAUUCCAAUAGCUUGGUCAGUGCUUGCCUGUGUAUAUAUACAGCUCUUCUCUUGUGGUAUAACGUGACUGGUCUGAUAGAUAUGAGGCGAGGAAUGACUAAGGUGUUAGAAGAGACACUUUCCUCUUGUUGAAAUAUAUGCCAGACAUUUAGCUCCAUACACCUUUUUAGACAGGCAAAAAAUGCAGGUUUCGAUGAAUGGAGUCUCUUUGGCAAAGCACUAGAGUGCAGUAUUCGAAGUUGGACCUGGCAAGACAAUAAUGACUAACCCCUACUAUAUGGAUGAGCUAUGACUGUUUUUGGCUUAGAACAUUCAUUUUCAUCUGGAAUAACACCAGGUGAUGAAUUCUUCUAACAUGUCGUCAUCAAUUCAACGUUAGGUACGCCCAAGAUGAUUUUGAUAAGUACACAUCUUUGUGGAACUUGAAGUAUAAGCUACACCCAGCUUGCUUGAAAUGUUGAAACAGUCACUGAUUAUCUGCUGUUGGAAAGGGGUUUACUGGCCAUGUACAAAACAUACUGUAAAACUGCUCAAGUUGCUACCACCUUUGACCUUUUGGUUUGGUAAAUGACUCCUCUCUUUUUUUCUCACUUCAUGUGAGUUUGAACUUCGAAAGUGCUUCUCACCAUAGGUAACAUAUUUCUGAUUGAUGUUGCCUAUCAAGUGUAGGCAUGUGAACAACUCAUGCCAUGGAGUUUCGCCUGUUUUAACCAGUAGAUGUUGUUGAUGAAGUGUUGGGAACUAGGAGAGAGUCCAGCAUUCUGAUUUGGAAUGUCUGAGUUUGUAUUAUAUUAUACACUUCUUAUUUCUGAGGCAAGUUUAUGAAGCUUUUUAGAGGA